AUGGAAGAUCCGCUAAUCACUAAUAUCGAGAGGGUACGCAUUCGAGAUAUGUUGAAUUUCCUUCUGCAAACAAAAUUUACAGAACAUGAGUUUUUCCUCUGUGAGCGACCUGACAAACUAUUAAAUGAGGAAGAAAAGCAAGAUCUACUAAGAGAAGCACACGGAAACUUAGCGACCGGCCACUUUGGCGAAAACAAAACCAUCCAAAGGUUACGUGAACAAACUUCUUGGGAGGACAUGGAAAAGGAUGCAAUUGACUUUAUUAAGAAAUGUCGAACUUGCCAACAGGAAAAACUGACCCGAAUCCGACCCAAAGUAGAAGGCGUAAUUCCAGAAAUACCGACGGAACCAAAAGAAAAAAUCGCCGUGGAUAUAGUUGGAUGCGAAUUUCAUAUCAGAACUUGUCUAAAAGUUCGAGAAUUUAUUCAGAAUCAAGCACAUUAG